CCUCAAACGCCCGGCAUACAUGAUAAUCCCACUCUUUUAUGGCCGUUAAUCCCAUCACAACUGCUUAAAGCGGUCACUGCACACCAUUUUUGCAGAAUCCCCAAAAUAGGGCCUGUUUGUUAUUCCCGUGAGCAUUCCUCGUGUUUCGCUUCAAUACCGAAAUAUACGUUUCCAAAAUUUGAAUCUGCGUAUUGAAUUCAGAGCGUACUCAGCAUUUCUGUGUGAUGUUUUCAUAAAUGAAUGAGUGAACAAGGCCCGCUCUUGAUUUCAAAUUUGCUGUGAUUUAAAGCAGCGGAUGGAGAUGGCUCAGCAAGAUCAGUGAUUUGCAAGAGGAGUUGUGAAAAUCUGUUGAUUGAGAGGGAAAAUGGCGAGCCCUAAAGUUCAGCAUGUUCCGAAGGAUGCAUCGGACAAGCUUUUGGUGAAAUUCUCGGAUGUUUCGGUUUAUGAUUAUGUUUAUAAUCAGAGCGGGGUGCCGUCUCCCGAGGCGAAGAAGAAUGGCUUGAAGAAACGGAUGGGAGCUGUGACUGAGGGGAUUCGAACGCAGAAUCCCAAGCACACAAAGAAUAAUAGUAAUAAUAGUGUCUCUGCGUCAAGAGAGCUGGAGUCCAUUGUCACUUGGAAGACUCCUCUGAAUGGCAACAGUGCUGUGCGUAAGACGGGUUUGUUGAGAUCCGUGGGGAGCCUCAAGAGUUCACACCGAACAGUUGCACAGAUUAAAACUUAUGCUCUGUUUUCUACAGCUGCCGGAAAGGCCUGGCAAAAAGCCUUAAGAGGGGCUUCUAAGUUUCUGAUGGACAAACGCGCAGUGCAGCCAGUUCGACUUCGUAAGGAGCUUCUCUAGUCUUUAGUUAUUUAUUACUCCUUUUCAAUAAACAGAGGCGUGAAUGCGGUUUGAUCUGGCGGACUCUGCUACCAACCAUUCAUUGAAUGCCUCCUCCUUGUGCCAUCUUUUGUUCUCCUUACUCUAAAUAACUAUGUAUAUAUACAUGUAGACCCCCUUCUGUGUAACAGGAGAUCCGGUGAAUAAGUAGUUUUAUAUCAAUUUAUAUUGAUUGCUCUGUUUUUCUAUGCUACCCUUCCAUUGAAAGGAAGUCUGUGAAGAAGUUAAACAAAUUAUUCUCUUA